GGGGAUCCUCAUAUGCCUCCAGAGUCCAUGCGGACAUUUUUACUGGGCUCGUCUCAAACUGGGCCUUUCGAAAGACCAACCAAUUGAUAAAAUGUGUCGCGCCAAAGACUACAAAAUCAAUAGGUUCAUCUCCAGAAAUUUUGCUAACCGAAGAAGGGAAGCUUAUUUCGGGAGGCGUGUUUCCUAUUUUGACUACAAUGAGCGCCGAUCUUAUUGUUCGCUGCGCCCACUGAUCAUAUAUCAAACCUCACCUAUCCCUGCCGAAUCAUGGCCGUUGAUGGUCCGCGCUCAGACUGUGGCUAAAAACAAUAGUAUAAGAACUGAUCGUUGUUCUACGACUGUGGUGCUCCCUUACAUCUUGCUUCUUGACGCCUACGCCUUUAACAGCAUUUACAUAUUAUAUUCUUCCAUAUGAACUCUGCUCAUCCCCCUAACGUCUCUUCCUCGAGCUCACGUCCCCUGGCACAGUCUCCUCCUCCAUCAUCGAAGCCCGUAAAGACUGCGAAAAAACCCACCUCCGAAUAUCUCACCGCUCUCAUCCGCAACGCUGAGGAUCCAGAUAGGCAGGUCAUUCGCAAUCCCACGUUCACCCGCGAUUUCCCUCUCAAAUCUGGCGUACCACCCGGUGGUCAUGAUCCCACCCAAAGAACUUUACGGAAGAUCCCAAGGGUUCCUCCCUCACAACAAUCUCAUACGCCCAAACGACUCGAGUUCGAGACGGAUGUACAAGGAAUUGCUUACCAUUAUCCUGUUUCUACACCGUCCCAUCCUGCUACUCAUGAAUUGCCCAAAAAUUCCCAAAUCAAGCUUCGAUACGAAGAAUUCUGGCAGGAAAUCAAAGCAAAGCAGGAUACACUUGAGAAUGAGAUGCGGCCUGUCGAACAAUCGAGUCCCGUUGAUCAUAAAGAGGUGAAACCUGCACAGAAUGACCAUCCUCAUCGACGAGCUGCCCGUCCCCGAAAGAAGAUUAUUAUCCUGGACGAUAGCGAUGACCCAGACGCUUUCCGAGGGUUCAAAAGUCGACGAGGUCAGCAGGAGGAAGCACCCGUUUCUCCGAACCCAGAAGGCCUUGAUCGUGACUUGUCAGAUCCUGGCACUGGUAGCGAUUGGUGCGAGGAUGAAGAACUAACCGACCCAGUAGCGACAGAUAGUCAGGAAGAUGAUACGCCACUGCUUGAAUGGCUCAUCAAGUGUGAAGAAGAGGCAAUUGCCGCCAGUUCUGUCCACGUUCAAGUCGUGACGAAAGUAGAUAAAGGAGAGAAGCCUGCAGCACAGGACUUUGACCUUACCGGAUCCAAUGCCGAGGGGAGUCUAGAGAUGAGGGUGCCUUGGUAUCGUCGAAGCAAAAUUAUUAUCCUGGAUGACGACUCUGAUCCCGACGCCUUUCGUGGAUUCAAGGGUCGACGUCCUCGACUUGAACGUUCAGCUGAAGAAGAAAAAAGUCCUUCAGAGGUCGCUAUCGAGCAGCCCAUAUUUGGAAUCAGUUCCCCUUAUCCGUUUCAAUUUCGGACCUCGUUUGUUCAUAACUUUACUCGCAAUUACACUCGACCAACACGCAAACCAAGGCGGAAAGCGAACUUUUAUCCUCCCCCACGUCGUGUCCCUGUCCAAUAUCAGACCCCCGUGCAGAAGCUCAAAAAUCUUGCUAGGAAUAGAAAAGAGCAUCCACCGCGAGUCAGUUUCGCGGAGCUCCUUGGGUGGGAAUAUGAUGAGACGGAUGAGGAGAGCCAGGGCCGAUUAUCUACCGAAUGGAAGGAGGUAGAAGAAGACGAAGAAGAAGAGCUCGCUGAACCUACCACUUCCAUCCAUGACAAAUCUACCGAACAAAUCGACAACCUUUCCCUCCUUCAGCAGCAGGACGAUGACAAAAAUCCAUCAUGUGUUCCUCUUGACGGUACUCAGUCGGAAACAUCUCAAGCCUUGCACGAUGUUGAUAAUGGAUGUGAUGGAGAUGAGGAAGAUAAUGGCGAAGAUCCGUGUGUCGAGUCAGAGAAUAUCAUACCCCGCACACCUCCGCCACGUUCACUCUCUCGUAUCAAUCUCCUAUCUCUGUCUCCCUUGGAUUCCGAAUUCCGGCUCCUCAAUUGGGUAUCCGAUCUAUCGAAUCGAAGCUGUUCUCAUUCCGCAGAAGACGAGGAGUCCGAAGAUUCGCUUCGCUACCAUCCCGAUUCUCAUACAACGAGUCCAGAUUCCUCGUCGACUUCUCGCUCUCCGAAUUCCACUAGUCCACACAAAGUACCAGCUUCUUUUGUCAGUGACGAUGACCAUUUAGCCUCAUCUGAUCAUGGAAUGGGGACUGAUCAUUGGCUUCGGUAUCUUUAUCCGUCUGACGAGGAAUGAUGAGCGCUUUCAAGAAUGGAUGGACUACCAGAAGAUGAUACCGUAGUACGGAAUAAAACUCUCAAUUUAAUGAUAUAUCUUUGGACUUAGUUGCAUGUUUACGAAUAUUCUAUGCCUACUUUACAGGAUUUUUCUGUACUUUAUCCUGUGGACGGAUUCGUAGUACACAAUUGCAUG